AUGGCCUCCAAAAGCUUCUCCAACGCCCUGCGCGCCCCAUUGGCCCGUCAGCUGGCCUCGCCCGCCGUCCAGAGGCGCACCUUCGUCGCUGCUGCCCGCGGCGCCGUGAGGGCCACCGCCGUCAAGGCCGCCGCCCGUCCUGCCGUCGCCCGCCAGCAGGUCCGCGGUGUCAAGACCAUUGACUUUGCCGGAACCAAGGAGGAGGUCUACGAGCGUGCCGACUGGCCCAAGGAGAAGCUCUUGGAAUACUUCAAGAACGACACCCUCGCCCUCAUCGGCUACGGUUCGCAAGGCCACGGCCAGGGUCUCAACCUCCGUGACAACGGCCUCAACGUCAUCAUUGGUGUCCGAAAGAACGGCCAGUCGUGGAAGGACGCCCAGCAGGAUGGCUGGGUCCCCGGCAAGAACCUGUUCGAGGUCGACGAGGCCAUCUCCAAGGGUACCAUCAUCAUGAACCUGCUCUCCGAUGCCGCCCAGAGCGAGACCUGGCCCGCCAUCAAGCCCCAGCUCACCAAGGGCAAGACCCUGUACUUCUCCCACGGUUUCUCCCCCGUCUUCAAGGACGUCACCAAGGUCGAUGUCCCCACCGACAUUGAUGUCAUCCUCGUCGCCCCCAAGGGUUCCGGCCGCACCGUCCGCUCCCUCUUCCGCGAGGGCCGUGGCAUCAACUCGUCCUUUGCCGUCUUCCAGGACGUCACCGGCAAGGCCGAGGAGAAGGCCUGCGCCCUCGGUGUCGCCGUCGGCUCCGGCUACCUCUACAAGACCACCUUCGAGAAGGAGGUCUACUCGGAUCUCUACGGUGAGCGUGGCUGCCUGAUGGGCGGUAUCCACGGCAUGUUCCUCGCCCAGUACGAGGUCCUCCGUGAGCGUGGCCACAGCCCCAGCGAGGCCUUCAACGAGACCGUCGAGGAGGCUACCCAGUCCCUCUACCCGCUGAUCGGUGCCAACGGCAUGGACUGGAUGUACGAGGCCUGCUCCACCACCGCCCGCCGCGGCGCCAUCGACUGGACCCCCAAGUUCCGUGCCGCCCUGAAGCCCGUCUUCAACGACCUGUACGACUCCGUCCGUGACGGCACCGAGACCCAGCGAUCCCUGGACUACAACGGCCAGAAGGACUACCGUGAGAAGUUCGAGGCCGAGAUGGAGGAGAUCCGCAACCUGGAGAUCUGGAGAGCCGGCAAGGCCGUCCGUUCCCUCCGCCCCGAGAACCAGAAAUAA